UCUUAACUUUAAUCUUUACUGCUUUCAUCAAAACUGCGGACGUGUGUGCGAGUGUUGUGUUGAAGAAAAUAUUUCUAAUAUUUGAAAGAUAUGGUGAAUAUGGUGAACCCAGGGAUCAGCCGACUUUUCGCUGGACGUGUGUUCAACCUUGUCAAAAAUACUACCGAAGCACCAAAAUUUUACUCCACGAUAACAUCGCCAGUCUCCUAUGAGUUUAUCAAAGUAGAAAAGACCGGUGAAAAAGAAAAUGUCGGCCUCAUCGUACUGAACCGACCAAAAGCCUUGAACGCGCUGUGUGCUCAGUUAAUGACCGAACUGAACGAUGCAAUUGAAAAAUUUGACAGCGACAAGAGCGUCGGUGCUGUUGUUAUCACCGGUCAGGGUAAGGCUUUCGCUGCUGGUGCCGAUAUCAAAGAGAUGGCUGAUAACACAUAUGCACACAAUGUACAGAAGAGCUUCCUUGAACACUGGAAUGGCGUUGCUAAAGCUAGAAAACCUACUAUUGCUGCUGUUAAUGGAUAUGCUCUCGGUGGAGGUUGCGAGUUGGCAAUGAUGUGCGACAUUAUCUAUGCGGGUGAAAAAGCCAAAUUCGGUCAACCAGAGAUAGCAAUUGGCACGAUACCCGGUGCAGGUGGCACACAACGUCUAACGCGUGCCAUUGGCAAAAGUAAAGCUAUGGAAAUUGUAUUGACUGGUCAACAAUUUAGCGCUCAAGAUGCAGAAAAAAGUGGACUCGUCAGCAAAGUCCUGCCCGAUGAUCAACUCGUUAGUGAGGCUGUGAAGCUGGGUGAAAAAAUCGCUGCUCAUUCGCAGGUCGCUGUGGCUAUGGCUAAGGACUCUGUGAACAAAGCAUAUGAAACCACUUUGCAGCAAGGAUUGGACUAUGAGAAAAGGCUGUUUUGGGGCACCUUUGCGUUGGCUGACCAAAAGGAAGGAAUGAAGGCGUUCGUCGAGAAGCGUGCUCCUAAGUUCAUCAACGAGUAGGGAGUUUGCACGACAUCACAGCCAAUAUGCAUUUUGUAUUUUUUCUAUUCCGAACGAUCCAGAGUACGCUUAUCAAUGUUAAAGAUAUAUUUUUUAUAUGAAAUGUUUGUCUCGCCUUUUGUAAACGUUUGUACAGAUUAUUAAAAAUGCCGUUGCU